CUUCCUCUCGCAGUCAGCACCGCCAAUCUUCCAAUUCGUUACGACGAAGUCUUGCGACUUGUUCUCUUAUUCUACAGCUGCUAAUACAUCUCUCUAUUGCCCAUAAAUGUCACAAUCAGCCACCGGUGCUCCUGUGAACCCAGGGUCAGGUCCAAUUGGCGCGAUUAACCCAAAGUCUCUGCCGAAAAGUUCUGAGGAUAUUGCCCUCGAUAAGCUACGGGCGAAGAUGAGCAAGGAGGUGGCUAUGAGAAACAUGAAAAGAGCAGAUAGACGAAAGGAAUUGACGGCGCAGGGGAAGGAUCCCAAGGAUGUCUCAGACGAUGAAAAGGAUGAGUCUGACGUUCUCAUUCACACCGUGCAUAAGGCAGUAGAAGCCAAAGUGGCAUCGGUGUCUCCGGUGAAGACUGCUGCCACUAUUGCUUCAUCUACCACCACUGCAACAUCCAUGGACGCCACACUUUCGAUGUUUUUCUCUGAUGCCAUGACAGAGAAGAACAAGAUGGCCUAUAAUCCUAAUGACAUUGCCUUCCACGAGGAUUACAAGGCACUUUUGGUUCACAAGAUUUCAAUUCCUUUGUCCAUGUUUCACCCGUCCUAUUUACACGUGUUGCAGUACUCCAACGACUCUCUCCCUCGGAUCAAGAUUACUCAAACUGGAUCAGACGGUACCAGCAAGAACUUCAGUGUCCUCGACAUAUCCAAAGCACCAGCUGAAGCCGACUUAAACAGAGCUGACUUCCUUGUGUGCUACAACAAUCUUCUCGAGUUUUUCACUGAUAUAGGCUGUGGACCACGAACUCUUCAAGGCCUUAAUGAACAUCUGCACACAAUGUUAACUGAUCCCAAUUUUGCUAUGUGGUUUGAGGCAUACAAGUCUUUUGACCGAGAUUUCCGGGCGAAGUUCUUCAAGGAUCCCUUCAUACCUGAUCCUUCUGCGAAGUCUUGGUCAGAUGGAGUGCAGGCUGCGAAGGACAAUUACCUCCUCAGACAACGGGAAACUCAAGUUGCAGGAAAUGGAGGCCAGGACAGACGAGGUAAAGGGAAUGGAGGGUAUACAAACAAGCGGUUUAGUCCUUACGAUAUGACUCAACGGGACAAUGCUAGUCGCUCUAGUUCCUUUCGGCCCUUAUGCCUUAGAUGUGGCCUCAUUGGACAUCAUGCGGACUCCUGCAUGGCGGCAACGCCUAGUAAAAGCGGACGGUCCUUUCUUGUCGAGUGGAGGGACAAUUCACUCCUCCAAAUCUCAGAUCACAAGCUUGUCUGUGUCCGUUUCAACCUCACAGUCUGCAGAAUCGAGCCUUCCAUCAACCACGGUAUCCAUAUGUGCUCCUUGUGUGCCGACACUCACCAUGGAGCGACAAAAUGCACUCGUAACUGAGGCAUAUAAAGUCAUCACCCCAUACAAACCUUCGGGAUGGCAACACGCCCUUCAAAAGUAUAAUCUAUUGGACAAGUAUCCGAAUCUAGUCUUUGAUAUUACUUAUGGUUCCCCCAUUGGUAACCCUCCUCCUCUCACUUCUACUUUUCUACCCCCGAAUAUGCCUUCAGCUGAAGCUAAUCCCGAAAUCAUUGAAAAUUACUUACAAGAUGAAAUUGCAGCUGGACAAAUGGGAGAAGGAUUGAGUGUUGAAAAAGCUCACGUGUUCUUUGGAGGUCAUUUCUGUACAGCGCCAAUGGGUGUUGUGUUUGACCAGCAAAAGCCACGGAUCAUCCAUAAUCUAUCUGCUCAGGAUCCUGAAGGUUCUUCUACGAAUUCCUGGCUCGAUGCAAAAGACUGGCCGACAUGUUGGUAUACGGCAAGCAUGUAUGAAGAAGCGGUGA